AGAGGUUGACAUUUGUGUGUGCCGUGGAGCGACGCGCAUCCCUUUGCUUUACUCGGAGCCGGACAGAGCCGAGCCGCGCUAAGAGCUCCCCGCGCUCAGUGGCCGGCUGAGGGCAAGCGAUAUCGGCAGAGUCGCACGUGCCGCCCGACCUGUCUCCAGCCUCCCGCCGUUCAUGCUCCGGACCAUGGACAGACUCAGCGUACUGGAUCAACUUCUUCCUGAGCUGAACAUCCUGCUCAAACUCUUGGACCAUGAAUACCUGAGUGCCACCACAGUGGAGAAGAAAAACACUGUUUCAGAUAUCUUGCAAAAGCUACAGCCUCCUGCAGGGAAGGAUGUGAAUUACAUGUAUAUGAAUACGACAGCACUGCAUAAUGGCACUAGUUUUGUGGAAUCACUGUUUGAAAAGUUUGACUGUGACUUGGGCAAUCUUCAGGACAUGCAAGAAGAUGAUGGAGAUGGUAAAGAAGGCAUCAGCUUGGAGCUUUCAAGGAGUCAAUCAGCUAAAAGUGUUUCUGGGGAGCCGCCUCCACCAUUGCCCACGACGCCUCCUCCAGAAGAUUAUUAUGAAGAAGCUCUGCCGUUGGGCCCAGGCAAAGCUCCCGAGUACAUUACAUCUCACAACAGCUCCAGUCCUCCCAAUUCAAUAGAGGACGGAUACUAUGAGGAUGCAGAUAGCAACUAUCCUGUCACCAGAAUAAAUGGGGAGCAGAAAAACUCUUACAAUGACUCUGAUGCAAUGAGCAGCUCCUAUGAAUCUUACGAUGAGGAGGAGGAGGAUGGGAAAGGCCAGAGGUUAACACACCAAUGGCCAUCAGAGGAAGCUUCCAUGAAUCUGGUGAAGGAUUGCCGGAUUUGUGCUUUCCUGUUGCGUAAGAAGCGCUUUGGACAGUGGGCCAAACAGCUGACAGUUGUUAAGGACAACAAGCUUCUGUGUUACAAAAGCUCCAAGCACAGACAGCCACACCUUGAAGUGCCUUUGAGUACCAGCCACGUUGUCUAUGUGCCAAAGGACGGCCGCCGCAAGAAGCACGAGCUGCGCUUCACACUACCAGGAGCUGAGGUCCUAGUGUUAGCAGUGCAAAGUAAAGAGCAAGCUGAAGAAUGGCUGAAGGUGAUAAAGGAAGUAAGCAAUCCCACUGGAGGAGGAUUAAAUGGAAAUGAAGUUCCUCUUUCUCCUACACUUACCUACAAGAUGGAUCACGAUAAGAGGUCAUCUCAGGAUAAACAUACUUCUGACUCUGACAGCAUAGCAACAACAGAAAAUAGUUCUUCUCUGCCCCAAAGGGAGAGCCACGAACAAGGGAAAAGCAAAAGAAGUGGCUUAGCUGAACUCAAGGGCUCUGUGAGUAGAGCUGCUGGGAGGAAAAUAACCAGGAUAAUCAGCUUCUCAAAGAAAAAGCCUUCCCCUGAAGAUACCCAAACAUCCUCUACAGAAGAAGACAUCCCUUGCUGUGGCUACUUGCAUGUUCUUGUUAACCAGUGUUGGAAGGAACGUUGGUGUCGUUUAAAAGGCAACAUGCUUUAUUUCCAUAAGGACCGCACAGAUUUAAGGACCCAUGUAAAUGCCAUUGUCCUGCGGGGAUGUGAGGUGGCACCAGGACUGGGCCCCAAGCAUCCCUUUGCUUUUCGUAUCCUUCGCAAUGGACAAGAAGUAUCUGCCUUAGAGGCAAACAGCUAUGAAGAUCUGGGACGUUGGCUUGGAUUGCUGCUGGUUGAAACUGGUUCCCAGACCACUCCAGAGACCUUGCAUUACGAUUAUGUAGAUGUUGAGAAAAUAGCCAACAUCAUCAAUGCUGUGAGACACUCUUAUAUAUGGGCCAGCUCCUCUCUUGAGAACCAAACAGAGCUAACCCGUGUGUUAUAUGAUGAAGUCCCCUACGAGAAGGUGGAGUCAGAAAAAUCAGGGUGGCCAUCAGGAUCCCAGGUGAAGCGCCAUGGCUCUUCUUGCAGUGAGAAAUCACGUCGUAUAGAUCCACAAGUUAAAGUCAAGCGUCAUGCAUCAAAUGCCAAUAAUUACAAAUAUGGAAAGAACCGGGCUGAGGAAGACGCUCGGAGAUUCCUAACAGAGAAAGAUAAGCUGGAAAAGGAGAAGACGUCCAUUAGAAAUGAGCUUAUUGAGCUGCGUAAGGAAAAGCGGGAACUACGAGAGGCCAUGAAGAACAAAUCAGGGAAAGACUUGAAGGAGCUGGAACAGCGUGUUGCAGCCUUAGAGGAGCAGUGCAAAGCAAAUGAGGCAAGACGGGUAGACCUAGAAAUCAAGCUGACAGAAGUGAAAGACCAGUUGAAGCAGUCACUAGCAGGAGGGCCAGCUCUGGGUCUAACUGUAAACACCAAGACUGAAAACAAGGACACGGUUACCCAGCCAAAUGGAAGUCCUCCAGACCAUUUGGUCCCAGUUAACUGUGCAUCAGAAAUGAGGAAGCGAAGCCCCUCUCUCCUUCCUGCCAACAAAGGGACUGUGUUGCAGAAAGCAAAGGAAUGGGAAAUGAAGAAAACAUAAAGGAUCUCUGGGCCUUCAUCCCUGAGGUGAACUCCUCUCAGAUACAGGGACACUCUUGAGAAAGGCUAAAGCACCACAAAAGUCUUUCACCCUGCAAAGAGUUUGCAGGAUACUGAGGAACUUGGUUCCUCCACAGCGAGAGCAGCCAACUUCCACUAAAUGAAGGAUUAACAAGCAGAAGAGCUUUUGAAAACCGACAUGGGUAACAGGGAGGGAGGGGACAUUGGGAAGCAGGGUGGGGGAAGAGAAAUCUUUUCAAGGAUGUGUUUGUUGUGUGUGUGUCCUUAGAGUACUCUUUGUUGAGUGGCCUAAGAGGAGCAACUCAGUAGGUUGGCCUGCCAAGCAUCUGGACUGAUCCUUUUGCUCUUGGUAAUAAAGCAACCAGAGAAUAGAUAUUUUCAUGAUGGGGAUGGUGGUGGUGGUGGUGAAUUUGUUCGGAGAUCCUCAUUCAAAAAAGAAAUAAUCAUCUAAAACCUUGGACAAAUCUUGUUGCGACUUCUCUCACACGGGAAGCAGAUGAACAUCCCUCAGUGUUAGGAAAUGAGGCAUGACACGGAAGUGCCUUAAUCAGUCCUCAUGGAGGAUAUUAUUUAAGCCCCUGAUUCUAUCAGCCUGAUUCAAAUCUCCUUUUUUUCUGCAAAACCACAUCAGGGUAGCAACUGUUGAGUAAUGAGGGUACAAUAGAGUCCCAAAAGAGAAGACCUAGUGAGAAUGAUGUUUUUAACUCAGGACUGCCAGUUAGGAAUAUUCUCAUAGUCUCUCUCUUUUUCUCUCAGGCUGCUAUUUAAGAUGUUUAAUGUGUUAAAUAAAAUCAGUAAUGGUUAGGAGGACAUGGAAAAUUUUCUGGGUUUGGUUUGGUUUGACCCAGGAGAGAUUUUGUUAUCCUGCCUCAAUUAUUUCUACAAUCCCCCUUUCCAUUUUUUUCUAUAUAAUCCAAUUUGUAAUGAGAAAGAACAGUGAAGAAAUUGAUGGCUAUAGCAAGAGAAUCAGCUUCUGCAAAUGUAUAUAAAUUGCUCCAGAGCUAUAUCUUAAAAGGUGCUACCUCUGGUCAAUGGGACUGCUGCUGAAGGACUUCCCCCAUAAAUCAGCCACUGGAACAUGUUAUGUUUGUUCAUAAUAUAAGUUAUCUUCUACUCCCAUUUCUAAGAAAAAUCCAUCUUUUAGGCAGCAGUGGACAAGUUCAUUUUACAUUCCCUUUGCACUACAUGGACGUUCAACUGCCUUCAUAAGCAUAAGGUCUGUGGUCAGUUUUAGGCUUACUAAUUCCUGGAAGAUGUGAAGAAAACUAAAACGAGCACAGCCUGAAGAGGAGACCUCAAGGAAAACACCAAUCUAUGUCUACAAUUACCUUCUUAUUGUGCUAUUCCAGCAGACCAGAAGAUAUAUUGGUUUGUCUUUCAUUCACAAACAUUAAGUGAAUAGGUGCUUUUUUCUUUUUGGAUGCAUAGUGUGACAUAUCUUUGAUUAUUUAAGAACUAUCUGCACUUUAACAUCUGGAUCCUCUGCUCCACUGUCUUUCAAUAAAAUAUGAUCUCUGUACAGA